CCACUCUGGAAGCCAGGAAAUGGUGGUUGCCUAGCAAGUUUCUUGUCCGCGGAGCAAAGUUUGGAGACGUGUUUUCCUCAACAGAUUUAGGGCUGCAGUCGUUCACAGAAGCUUUUUUGCACACAUUUUCCCGAGAGAGGACAAGGAGGAAGCGCUGGAAAGAUGUCGGUCGCAGGAUUUAAGAAGCAGUUUUUCAAAGCCAGUCAGAUGAUGAGUGAAAAGGUUGGAGGUGCAGAAGGAACCAAACUGGAUGAAGACUUUAAAGAACUUGAAAGGAAAGCAGAUGUUACCAGUAAAGCAGUAGUGGAUGUCAUUGGGAAAACAUCAGAGUACCUGCAGCCCAAUCCUGCAUCGAGAGCUAAGCUCACCAUGCUUAACACAGUGUCCAAAAUCCGUGGGCAGGUGAACAGUCCUGGUUAUCCCCAGCCAGAGGGCCUUCUGGGGGAGUCUAUGACUAAAUAUGGACGGGACAUAGGGGAGGACAAUAGCUUUGGCGGAGCUCUGGUGGAUGUUGGAGAGGCGAUGAAGAGGCUGGCUGAAGUCAAGGACUCGCUGGAUAUUGACGUGAAGCAGAAUUUCAUUGACCCACUGCAGGCGGUCGCUGAGAAGGAUAUCAAAGAUAUUCAGCACCACUUAAAGAAAUUGGAAGGCCGCCGUUUGGACUAUGACUAUAAAAAGAAGCGUCAAGGUAAAAUCCCAGAUGAAGAGAUUAGGCUGUCCCUGGAGAAAUUCCACGAGUCCAAAGAUAUGGCUGAGAGCUCCAUGCAGAAUCUGUUGGAAACUGAUGUGGAGCAGGUGAGUCAGCUGUCUGCCUUUGUGGAGUCCCUGUUGCAGUACCACAGGCAGGCCACGGAGAUCCUGGAGGAGGUCACAGAAAGACUGAAAGAAAGGGUAAAUGAAGCUCAGUCCCGCCCGAAGCGUGAAUUCAAACCUAAACCCAGACAAUCCUUUGACUAUGGAGACGAAGAGCACUCGAAUGGAGGAUACGCAGCAGGUCCUGUGAGCCCCCCGGCAUACACUCCUGCAGCCCAAGCACAGUAUCCACCUCCACCCUUCAAAAGACCCUCCGUCAAGAGCAAACCGCGGGAGCCGAGCUGUAAAGCCCUCUAUGACUUUGUGCCAGAAAACGAUGGAGAGCUGGGUUUCUACGAGGGGGAAAUAAUCACCUUGGUCAGGCAAAUUGACGAGAACUGGUUUGAAGGAAGACUCCGUGGACAAACCGGAUACUUUCCCAACAACUACGUGGAAGUGAUUGUGCCAAUCUCACACUAACAGAAGACAGGCAAGACGGGAGCAUCAGAAUGGGGAAGACGGAUGUUUAAAAAUAUAUUAUCAUGAAAACAGAAACAUAGCAAGGAAAUGAAAUAUUUUAUUUUGUAUCUCUGAGAUAUUUUUUGAGCAAACUUUUCGAGACUUUCUGUCAAGAUGGAAUGGAUUUGAAAACAUAAAAACACUAAGGACAAUUAAGGGUUGAAUCAGGAAAAUGAUGCAUGAUGUUUAGGUGCAUUCGCCAUUUACUGCGUCUUUGUAAAACAUUUUUUGCACCUAUGCACUUUGUACACAACAUCUCCAGCUGAACACUAAGCAGAAACAGAUGUGUCAAAGGGUGUAAUGACUUUUUGUCUUAUUCAGUUUUAUUCACAGUAUCUUGUUUGCUGAAUCAUGACUAUUUGGAACUACACACAAUCAUGUUUUUAACCUUUUCAUCUAUAGACUUGGCCACUAAUAGAACAACACUACACAAAACUGAUGUUCUCAGGCAUUUGAGGCUACCUUCUACUGCCAUCUGGUGGUUUUAUGCAAAGAGUUUUCUUAGUUUUGUAUUUGUUUGAUUAAUCAUGAGUUCUGAGAUGUUUAAGAUCUUCAUAUUGUUCUAGCUGUAAGUGAUGGCUGAAUUUGGACAUUAGGUUUGCAGGUUCUACUGUCAUGGGAUAAUUUGGGAUAAAUAUAAAAGAGUAUUUUAUUACUUUUAUGACUCUAUUGCUGCAGUACGUUUGUCUCUCAAGUCCGAGCUCAGGUCUGGAUUGCACCGAGUGGAGCAAGAUUUUGCUGCAGAUUGGAAAAUCAGUGGGAUUUUCUACUUGUUGUGGUGCUAAUUACUUUUCCUAGUACAAGUUAAUCACAUAGUUCAAUGGGUUCUUUACCUUAAAGGAAACUGGUAACUAAUAUGGGCUUUUCAGAACUAUAGGAUUUAAUGAUUUAAAUGAACACAAACUGUGAGAAUAAUGUUUAUAUCUACAACUUUCUCUAGAUUUUAGAAGUGUGGCAGUCAUAUUUGAUUCAGAACUACAAUAUAAUCUGGGACUCCCAGCUUUAGGAGACAAUCUUGUUUUUCAAGAUGGGGACUUGAAAAAUCUAACUUGCAAAUACAUAUUUUGUUCCUCCAUAAAUAUCUGUACCCCUUUAAAAGCACUCCAGAUAUGUUUUGAAACACUACUUCCAAACAAAGGUUGUUCUCUCUUAUUUGUCCUAGCAGAUGGCUGUGUUUCAGUCUAAUUUUAACUUAAAAUAAAAUCUACAUGAGUAAAAGGACAUUUGAUUUAGUCUAUAUAAUGAGCAACAUUACACCAAAGCCAACAUGAUUUCUAUCUGUUCCUUUUUCCCCCCUCAGGCUCAGCUGAUACUGCUGGCAGUGUCAUUACAUUGUUGUUUUUAUGGGGGGUGGGGAGUUGGGGCUUUUUGUUGAAGUGUUUCUUCAUGAAUUUUCUGUCUUAUUUGCUUUCACUCCUCAGCUCUGUUGUAGACCUGAUUUGGAGCAUGGAAAUGUGUGGUGAUGUGAGCUUGGCGUUGCUGUACCUGCCUCUUGCUUUCAGACGUAAACUAUGCACCAGACCUGGAUGGAGGAUGCUCUCUCCCAGUGUCUUUGUAUCAAAUUUACAAAUAUCAAGGGAGAUCUGUCCACAAUCAAUGGUUUCAGUUCCAGUUAAGCCUAUUGCAAUCAGACUAUGAACUGUCACGGUUCAUGCUGUUUGUUGAAAUGCCAAAUUUUCCCCCUUGUCACAAUCCCCUUGUUAGACUGCCCCCUGCCCCGCUCAUCUCUGCCGUCUCUAUUUAAAGUGCAAGCGGAACAGACAGGUCUUUUUCUGCAGAGGAGGGGACACAACAGUGGAUUAUGCCCUCCCCCGCCACUCUAUUCACCACCUGCCCCCUUACUCCUGCCCCUUUCCUCAUUAUCGGUCCCUUCCCAAACCUACGGUGCCUCUGAUGCUCAGGCUCGUAUGCUUACUUUGAAUUAUAUCCACACUGCCUGUCCUUCUACGGACCUCUUAAUGUGUCUGUUAUUGGUGAUAUGUUUAGGACCCUUGCUGUGCUGAGUAAUAACAGUGGCUCAGGUGUGGGUUUACAUGCCUCAUUUGACUAAGCAAAACCCCUUGAAGAGAGGCAGAAGGUCUGCGACUCAGCUUAGAUCAUAGAUGAUGAAUGAUGUUGUAGAACAAAGGGCUAAGAUCAAGUUUUGUGUGCUGCUGAUGUCACAGCUCAGAGCCGCUGCAGCCGACUUUACGAUACUACGUAUAUAUCAGCUUUGCAAUACUGAUGAAGUAUUAACAGCUUUAAAGCUUUAUUUCAUUGUGCACAACGUUAAUGGAACUAUUCAAUUAAAUAUCUAGCCUUUUUUUUAUUUGUAUGUAUUUGUAAAAUGCUUUUGAUUUAAUACCUUUCUGUAACUGUGAUGCUUUGGGAAGAAUAAACGUGGGAUUAUCCUGGAUUAUCUCCAAAAUGCGUGGAUUACCGCUAUACUAGUCAUUUAAAGUGUAAUCUGAUGCAUUGUGUGUUUUAUUGUCUGUGAAUAGAUGCUGUUCAUUUUCCUCCAAUAAAUGUUAAAUAUUUCCAUCCUCA